ACUCCCUUCUCCAAACGCACACUGUUCUAGAAAAUCACACACACAGCAGUAGUGAACAGUGGUCUCAAAUUCAUGCACGCAGAUUAAAAUCACACGAUUGUGUGAAAUUCCGACGAAAAUUGCGCCUGGUAUUGUGAAUUUGUGAUGUGAAUUAGAAAAUGACGGGUCGAGACGGAGGGUACGUUGUGCCGGCGGAUCCUCUGAAUGCGGUGGGCGGGUUGAAGAAGAAGGGCGGCGGGUCACGCAGCUGGAUCCUGCUGGAUUCCUCGGGUCAGGAAGUCGUUCUCGAUGUCGACAAGUACGCGAUCAUGCAUCGCGUCCAAAUACACGCUCGUGACCUUCGCAUUCUCGACCCCCUCUUGUCCUACCCAUCCACCAUCCUCGGCCGCGAGCGAGCCAUUGUUCUCAAUUUGGAACAUAUCAAGGCUAUAAUCACGUCUGAAGAGGUUUUGCUUCGUGAUCCAUUGGAUGAUAAUGUUGUUCCUAUAGUGGAAGACCUUCGAAGGCGAUUGAAACCGCUAACUGAUAAUCGAGAAAUUAGUGGUGAUGGCAAGGAGUUACUAGCACAGCAUGAUGAGACUGGUGAAGAAGAUGAUUCUCCAUUUGAGUUUCGGGCCCUUGAGGUGGCAUUGGAAGCUAUUUGUAGUUUCCUUUCUGCCCGCACAAUUGAAUUGGAGAGUGCAGUUUACCCAGCUUUGGAUAUGCUUACGUCAAAGAUUAGUAGCCGUAAUCUAGACCGAGUACGGAAGUUGAAAAGUCAAAUGACUCGGUUGACUGCUCGUGUGCAAAAGGUGCGAGAUGAAUUGGAACAACUUUUGGAUGAUGACGAUGAUAUGGCUGACCUGUACUUAUCGAGGAAGAUGGCUGGAGCAUCACCUGUGAGUGGCUCGGGUGCAGCUAGUUGGUUCCUUGCAUCCCCGACAAUAGGCUCCAAGAUAUCCAAGGCCAGUAGGGCAAGUAUAGCAACCAUGCGUGGGGAUGAAAAUGACGUUGAGGAACUUGAAAUGCUUCUUGAGGCCUACUUCAUGCAAAUUGAUGGCACGUUGAACAAAUUGACCACGCUGCGUGAAUACAUUGAUAACACCGAAGAUUAUAUCAAUAUCCAGCUUGAUAAUCAUCGAAACCAGCUCAUUCAGUUGGAACUGUUUCUGAGCGCUGGAACCGUGUCCUUAUCCAUUUACUCUUUGGUAGCUGGAAUUUUUGGUAUGAACAUUCCGUACACAUGGAACGACGAUCAUGGAUACAUGUUUAAAUGGGUGGUCAUCUGCACAGGGAUUUUUUGUGCGAGUCUUUUUGUUCUUAUAAUGUCUUACGCGCGCUACAAAGGGCUGGUCGGAUCUUGAGUCGAAUAGUCCAAAUUUGGAGCAACCAAGGUUUUCAUUUCUGGGAUCUAUUUAGAUGACAUUUUUCGUCUCCUUCAAAUCCUUAUGAGUGAGAGAACGCAAUUUAUUAAGUUAGUAACUUUAGAUUACAUUAGUUUCUUUUUCAACAGUCAAACACUGCUGCUAUUCAACACCGCAAGAUUUCCCUCACAAAAUAAACUAUGUUUCUUUUC